AUGCCCUUCUUCAUUUACAUCAACGGAUUCCCUGGUGUCGGCAAGCUUACCGUAGCUAAAGAUGUAUGCAAGCUCAUUCAGGGGAGUAGGGUGUUCCACAACCACUUGGUGAUAGACCCUGUAGCCGCUAUGCUCGACCGAGGGUCUGAAGGGUACGACGAGUUAAGAGCAGAGUUCCGCAGACAUGCUCUACAUGUCAUCGCCACGCGCCCCGAGUUGGAAGACACGGCCUUCAUCUUUACAGACUCGCGCGAGUCUAGCGCUCAGGGAAGUACGGGCGUGAAAGAUUAUCAGAGAGCGGCCGAGGUGAGGGGCGUGCCGUUCAUAUCCAUCAUCCUGCAUUGCAAGCUUGACGAGAACUUGCGGAGACUUGAGGGCAGAAAUAGAGGCAACGAGAGCGGACGGAGCACGAAAUUGAUCGACGGGAAGAUUCUGCGCAGGGUCCGGGAGAACGAGGAGGUUUUCCGAUGCGGGGGUGAGCUGGAGCUGGAGCUCGACAUCACGGAUAUGAAGCCAAGCGAGGCGGCCCGAGUUAUCGUGCACCACGCUUACACGAUGGCCAGCAAGAAGAGGGAGGUUCCGAGUCCGCGACGCUCACAGGACUUAUCGGUGUUGUAG